AUGUUGCAAUUCCUCGUUUUCGAUUCGUGUCGUCGCUCCUUGUUGGAUGGACGACGACAGCUGUUUCACGAAAUUGCGAAACGCGCGUGGCUUUUCGAGGAAUGCGAAGGUGAGAAGCGUCUUCGACAGGGCAUGGUUGUCGGUCCUACUAUGAACGCCUCAACAAAAUUCAGCGACAAUUACGAGGUUAAGGAAGAACUUGGAAAAGGAGCAUUCUCGGUGGUUCGCCGGUGUGUACACAAAGCAACCGCGGCCGAAUAUGCCGCGAAGAUUAUUAAUACGAAGAAGCUGUCCGCAAGGGAUUUCCAGAAAUUAGAACGAGAAGCAAGAAUAUGCCGAAAGCUACAGCAUCCGAAUAUAGUUCGUCUACACGAUAGUAUACAAGAGGAGUCGUUUCAUUAUCUAGUGUUCGACCUAGUCACCGGUGGUGAAUUAUUCGAAGAUAUCGUCGCUAGAGAAUUCUAUAGUGAAGCAGAUGCAAGUCAUUGUAUCCAGCAAAUUCUCGAAUCAAUCGCCUACUGCCAUCAAAACUGUAUUGUGCACAGGGAUCUAAAGCCUGAAAAUCUUCUACUUGCCAGUAAAGCGAAAGGAGCGGCUGUGAAGUUGGCCGAUUUCGGACUAGCCAUUGAGGUUGGUCAAGACACAGAGGCUUGGUUUGGCUUCGCAGGAACGCCUGGUUAUCUGUCACCGGAAGUGCUGAAAAAGGAUCCAUAUGGGAAACCCGUUGAUAUAUGGGCUUGCGGUGUGAUUCUCUAUAUUCUACUGGUUGGUUAUCCUCCUUUUUGGGACGAGGACCAGCACCGACUCUACGCACAGAUCAAAGCUGGCGCUUAUGACUACCCAAGCCCAGAAUGGGAUACAGUAACCCCAGAAGCGAAGAGUCUUAUUGACAGUAUGCUGACAGUUAAUCCCAAGAAACGGAUCACCGCCGAUCAAGCGCUCAAAGUGCCGUGGAUUUGCAAUCGAGAACGUGUAGCGUCUGUCAUGCAUCGGCAAGAUACUGUAGACUGCCUGAAGAAGUUCAACGCAAGAAGAAAGCUCAAGGCCGCAAUCUCCGCCGUGAAAAUGGUGACGCGAAUCAGUGGCGUGCUGAGGACCAGCGAUUCGACCGGCAGUGUUGCAUCGAACGGCAGCGGACCCGAACCGGGAACGUCAUCAUCACAACCCAGCAGUCCACAGCACCCUACACAAGAGGGUGCCAUUCUGACAACAAUGAUUGCCGCUCGUCAUCUAUCGAAUAACAACCCAACAAAUAUGUCCUCAUUGCGUGUUUUUCCUUCACCUCCACCAGCUCACCAUCUCAGCAGCUCAGCUCCAUCAGCUCGACCAGCUGACAGCACACCUACAGCAGUCGAAGAGUGUCUCUCGGCUAACGGCGGCGAAGACGGAUAG